CAACAAAAUUUUGCAUUAGUAAAUAAUCAGCAAAAUCAACUGAUAGCAUUACCUGUAAGAUUUGCACAACCAGAAUUUCAUGGCAGUGAUGAAGAUCAUGAAGAUUUCGUAAAUAGGUUCAUAUCAUAUAUUACCUUGGCUAGAGUAAAUAAUGAUGCAAAUAUUCUUACUAUAUUAGAUCAAUCCUUAAAAAGAGAAGCGAGAGAAUGGUAUCAUAGAGAAUUUGACAAUAAAAAUUGGGAGUUAGAAAAUGUACUUGAUAACUUUGGUAUAGGUGCAACAAUAGCACAUAUUCAUGGUGCUAAUGCAGGAGAUAUAACAGGUGUAGUCGCUUCUUUCACAAAUAUUUCACUUGGACUUACAGGUGCACAAAUUAUCCCUGCUCGAAAUGUUGCUGAAGAUUGGACAAUAGCGGAAGGACGCCCAACUAAUGCAGUACCAGUUGCACCAAAUGCUGGAGGAGGUAAAUAUGGCGAUCAACUCGGUUAUACUUCAGCACAGAAGAAAACUCAUUUCUUAUCUGGAGUUAGACCUAAUAUUAGAGAUGAAAUUUAUAGAAUUGGUCAAACAAAACCCAUUAACGAUAUUAUUGAUA